AGGGAAAUUUGAACCUUAAACAGGUCUCACGGAGCACAGUACAACUCCUGUACGUCUCCUAUUUUCUUGACCUUGUCAGAAGGCAGUUUUCUGCUUCACUCCCUCUUGGUGUGUGACCCCUGGCGAUUGCUGUUCGCUGGACGGCACAGCAAGAGGAGGCGAAUCGGAGAUUGAACUGCACAUCGGGCUGAGGCGGGUAAUGGCUCUUCAUCUGGACGACUCCUUCCCCUAUCAGGGUCUUUUGCCGAAGAAGGAGACGGGCGCUGCGUCUUUUCUUUCCCGGUAUCCGGAGUAUGACGGCAGGGGGGUUCUCAUCGCCGUCUUAGAUACAGGAGUGGAUCCGGGAGCUCAAGGACUCCAGGUCACAAGUGAUGGAAAGCCCAAAAUUAUUGACAUCAUAGAUACCACAGGCAGUGGGGAUGUGAACACAUGCACAGUAUUGGAGCCCAAAGAUGAGAAAAUUAUUGGCCUUUCAGGAAGAAAGCUUAAGAUUCCUGAAAAUUGGAUAAAUCCAUCUGGAAAAUAUCAUGUUGGUCUCAAAAAUAUAUAUGAACUUUACCCUAAAGCACUAAAAGAAAGGAUACAGAAAGAAAAGCGGGAAAAGCUCUGGGAUCCGCUUCAUCGUGUUUCUUUGGCAGCAGCUUGCAGAAAACUAGAUGAGUUUGACAGCACUCGUACGAAUUUGUCACAAGCAGAAAAGAUGCAGCGAGAGGAACUCCAGACUCAGGUAGAAUUGCUGAAUUCCUUGGAGAAAAAGUACUGUGACCUGGGUCCUGCAUAUGACUGCCUAGUAUGGCAUGAUGGUGAGACAUGGAGAGCCUGUAUGGACACAAGUGAAUGUGGUGAUCUCAGUUGCUGUACUGUGCUGAGGAAUUACAAUGAAGCUCAAGAAUAUGCCUCAUUGGGGAUAUCUGAAAUGCUCAACUACUCUGUCAAUAUUUAUGAUGAAGGCAAUACACUCUGCAUUGUGACAAGUGGAGGAGCCCAUGGGACACAUGUAGCUAGUAUAGCUGCAGGCUUUUUUCCAGAUGACCCUGAACGGAAUGGUAUAGCACCUGGGGCUCAAAUUCUUGCUGUGAAGAUUGGUGACACAAGGCUUAGCACCAUGGAAACUGGAACAGGAUUGAUCAGAGCUAUGAUUGAAGCAAUAAAAUAUAAAUGUGAUCUUGUAAACUACAGCUAUGGUGAGGCUACACAUUGGCCGAAUGCAGGUUGCAUUUGUGAAGUGAUUAAUGAAGCAGUAUUGAAAUACAAUGUAAUCUAUGUAUCAAGCGCAGGCAAUAAUGGACCUUGCCUUUCCACUGUGGGGUGUCCAGGUGGAACUACUUCCAGUGUCAUUGGUGUUGGUGCAUAUGUCUCACCUGAUAUGAUGAUUGCUGAAUACUCCUUGCGAGAGAAGCUUCCUGCCAACCAAUAUACUUGGUCUUCAAGAGGACCAUGUGCGGAUGGAGCUCUUGGAGUGAGUAUAAGUGCACCAGGUGGUGCCAUAGCUUCUGUCCCAAACUGGACAUUACGUGGAACACAAUUGAUGAAUGGAACUUCGAUGUCUUCUCCAAAUGCUUGUGGAGGCAUUGCUUUGCUUCUCUCAGGUCUUAAGGUUAAUGGUGUUCAUUAUACAGUUCAUUUCAUUCGACGAGCCCUUGAAAACACAGCCCUGAAGGUUGAUGAUAUUGAAGUAUUUGCGCAAGGACAUGGUGUAAUUCAGGUUGAUAAAGCUUAUGACUACCUCAUACAAAAUUCACCCAUGAGUACCAGUGAUUUGGGAUUCAGCAUUGCUGUUGGCAACCAACGUGGGAUCUACCUCCGGGAUCCUGCCCAACUAGUUUCACCUUCAGAUCAUGGAGUUGGCAUAGAACCAGUGUUUCCAGAAAAUGCAGAAAACUCUGAACGCAUAUCUCUGCAACUUCACUUAGCUUUAACAUGCAAUGCAUCAUGGAUUCAGUGUCCCAGUCACUUGGAGCUGAUGAAUCAGUGUAGACAUAUAACCAUACGAGUGGAUCCACGUGGCCUUCGUGAAGGAGUGCAUUUUACUGAGGUUUGUGGAUAUGACACCACUGCUCCUAACGCAGGUCCUUUAUUUAGACUUCCAAUAACUGUCACAGUACCGAUAAGGUUACAUGAAACCUCUAGUUAUGAUCUUGCAUACAGUGAUGUUCAGUUUAAGCCUGGCCAAAUUAGACGACACUUUAUUGAAGUACCUUGGGGUGCUACCUGGGCUGAGGUCACCAUGUCUUCACUUUCAUCUGACGUUUCCUCAAAGUUUGUCCUCCAUGCAGUUCAACUUGAAAAACAAAAGGCUUAUCGUACUAAUGAGUUUUAUAAAUUCACAUCACUUUCGGAGAAAGGAUCAUGUUGUGAGGCAUUUCAGGUUUUGUAUGGCAAAACUGUAGAGUUUUGCAUUGCCCGCUGGUGGGCCAGUCUUGGUGAUGUCAAUAUCAACUACACAAUUUCCUUCCAUGGCCUCCUUUGCACACCCUCCCAGCUACACAUUCAUGCAUCAGAUGGAAUUACUCGUUUUGAUGUAAGAUCUACAUUGAAGCAUGAAGAUAUUGCUCCCUGCCUAAGUCUCAAGAGCUGGAUUCAAUCUUUGAGACCAGUAAGUGCAAAAACAAGGCCUUUAGGACUACGAGAUACUUUACCAAACAAUCGACAUUUCUAUGAGAUUAUUUUGACAUACAACUUUCAUCAACCCAAGAAUGGAGAGGUGACUGCCAGCUGUCCCCUACUUUGUGAACUCCUGUACGAGUCUGAAUUUGAUAGCCAACUGUGGAUGCUGUAUGACCAAAACAAGAAGCUGAUGGGCUCAGGAGAUGCCUACCCACACCAGUAUUCUCUGAAGUUGGAGAAGGGAGACUAUACCAUCCGGCUGCAAGUGCGUCAUGAACAGCUUAGUGAGCUGGAACGACUUAAGGACCUUCCAAUUAUUGUAUCCCAUAGACUUCCCAGUCCUCUGAAUUUAGAUGUUUAUGACAAUCACAGCAGUGCACUUCUGGGCAAGAAAAAAAACAACAGUUUGACUCUACCACCAAACUGCUCACAGCCUUUCUUUGUUACUUCUCUUCCUGAUGAUAAGAUUCCUAAAGGAACAGGGCCAGGUUGUUACCUGUCAGGAACAUUAACGCUGUCAAAGGGUGAACUAGGAAAGAAAGCUGGGCAGGCUGCUUCAAAACGUCAAGGAAAAUUUAAAAAGGACAUGGUGUCUGUGCAAUAUCAUCUUAUACCAUCUCCAAACAAGCAGAAGAAUGGAAAUAAAGAGAAAGAGAAAGAUGUGGAUAAAGAGAAGGAUAUGAAAGAUGAGUUCACUGAUGCUCUAAGAGACCUGAAGAUACAAUGGAUGGCCAAAUUGGACAUUAAUACAUUCUAUGAAGAAUUGAAGGACACAUAUCCUACCCAUCUUCCGCUAUAUGUUGCACGACUGCAUCAUUUGGACAAUGAAAAGGAGCGAAUGAAAAGAUUGGAUGAAAUUGUGGAAGCAGCAGAUGAUGUGAUAUCUCGAAUUGAUCAAACUGCACUAGCAAUUCAUUUAGCCAUGAAGACUGAUUCCAGACCUGAAGCAGCUAGUGUUAAGAGUGAUAUGGAAAAACAAAAAUCCUCCCUGAUUGAUGCUUUGUGCCGAAAGGGCUGUGCACUGGCCGAUAGGCUUCUUCAGUUCCAUUCACAGGAUGGUGCUGCCUCAGAAGAAAUAGACAAUACAGAAGAUGAUCCCAAAGGCAGCUUCAAAAGCUUGACUGAAACCUUCUUUGAGAUACUUAAGUGGGCAGAACUUACUGAUGCUAAGGUUUUAACUUUUGCAUACAAGCAUGCACUAGUGAACAAAAUGUAUGGCCGGGCUCUCAAGUUUGCAAUUAAACUUCUGGAGGAUAAACCAAGUAAGGAAAACUGGAAAAUUUGCAUCCAGAUAAUGAAGUCUCUUGGAUGGAGCCAUUGUGCAUCAUUUACAGAGAGUUGGCUUCCUAUAAUGUAUCCACAAGACUAUACCCCUUUCUAGGAUAAUUGUCACAGGCAUCAAAUUGAUUGGAAGAAAGUAAAUUUAGUAAUUUUUAUACUUUUGUCUUUUUUUUUCUAAAAAGGCACUUUUUUUUAAAGUAUUUUGGACUUUUAUACAGUAUGUUUUCAUUCAUUAACAGAUGCUAUGAUUGUAGGACAUUUCUGUUACUGCUGUUUACCAUAACUACUUGAUUUCAAAAUAAGGUGCUUAGGCUUCCUAGGCAUGAUACUAGGUGCACCUUAGGUUUAAUUGUUACUGUUUUGAAAUAGAUAUUUGUAUAUCUUUAUUUAUUGAACAGAUUGGUGUUCAUGUAUUUACAUUAAUUCCUUCUGCAUAUUUGCCAACUGUAACUUUUUUUUGCCCUUCAUUGGGCCCAACUUGUUUUUGACAUUUGUGUCUUUAGUUUAUCCCACAAUUUAAGGAAAAUGUGUCUGCUUCCAAUACCAAAUAAUUCCUGGGCACUUUCUUUUCCCAUGAUGCAACACCCAGAAACAAACUAAUAUUGGCAACUGUAUUUCAAUUGCCCUUCAAUUGCAGUAGACCUGUGAAGCUCAAAAUAAACUUGUGACAAUAUGAAAAAGGCAAGUUAUAGAUGCAUUGUCAUAAAUAUGUUCAGUAAAAGAAAUACAUUUGACAUUUUGAUUGUCGUCUUGGAUAAUUUUCCCAUGCCUUAUGCAUUCUUUUCAUAUGAAAACAUAUCUUUAAAGACCUUUAGUGCUUUUCUACUUUGCCCACCUAAUCGGCCAAAGUAGUGUUGAAGGGAAAAUAAGCUGUCAUUUGACACUUUCAAGUUUUCAUUAACUUGGACAAUGUGAUUCCAGUCUGUGCAAACCAUGAGCAGAGUACAAAGACAUUUAUCAAAUUAUGCUAAUCAAAUCUAAUUUCCAUAACCAAUUUGGUUAAUUGGAAAAUUAGACUUUGAUCAUUAAAAUUUAUAACUCAUCUUGAUUAAACUUGGGAGUACAGGUAAAGCCAUAAUCGAAAUAGGAAUAGUCUGUUCUAAUACAUUAUUAAAUAAGUCAAUGUAAGGCCUUUCAAAGUAAUAGUCCGAACAAUGAUUUAUCAAACAAGAAAAAGUGUUUACAGUGCAGCUUGCAUGGAUACAGUGCCAUGAUAUUGCUAUGUUUUGAAUUAAAGUCCAAUAUUCUUGACUUGAAUCUGGAUACCUAAGGUGCAAGUAAAGCCUCGGUUGACUAAAGCAGAGACCUGUGAAUGUGGAUAUUGGUGCCCAUUUGUCUAUGGUUGAGAAGAUUUGCAUGGAAGUGGCAAUAUGUACAAAAUCUUGCAAUUGGUUCAACCACUUUUUGAUUUAUGUGAUGUAUGGUAUAACAUUUGUUGUUCAGAGACCAUCAAAACAUGAUGAUUACCCAAUAUUCCUCCUGUGUUGGUGCCACCAACUUCAAUUUAAUGUAUAAACAUGUGUACUGUAGUCCUUAUUAAGUAAAAAGAAUCCAUUAUUAAAAUAUCAAACCAUGAUGCAUGAAA